AGUCAGUCCUGGGCAACUUUUUGCAGACUCGUCACUCCAGCGGACAUGUCGCCGCGCUGAAGACACGCCGUCACCAUCGCGGCUCAUCCCGGGAGCUGCGCACUGAAGAGGACGGGGUCAGCGGCCGAUAUAUAUAAAUAUAUACAUACAUAUAUACAUAUAUAUCCCCCCCCCCCUCCGCACCGUGUGGCACCGGAACAAGACCGGAAUUAUUAUUAUGAGCUUUCCCCCUCCGCUGAUGACCCGCGGCCAGUAAUGCCGGAGACGUCUCCCCUUCAAGAUGGCAGAUUUUUUUUGAGUUUUGAACGGAAAUCUGCAUUUUCUUCUUCUUUGCGAUGAAUAACCGAACGCCUUGCACCGAUGGCCCCUGUAUACGAAGGUAUGGCCUCGCAAGUGCAAGUGUUCUCCCCUCACACUCUUCAGUCAAGUGCCUUCUUUAGCGUGAAGAAACUGAAGGUGGAGCAGAGUUGCAACUGGGAUAUGACAGGGUACGGCACGCACAGCAAAGUCUACAGCCACAACAGCAGCAAGAACCUGUCGGCCCUGAGCGGCCCCUUCGGCAUUAACAGCUCCCUGCAGGUAGCCAGCUCCACCCUUCCCUACGAGCAGGCGCUCAUCUUCCCGGCAACCGCAGCCCACAUUGUGGUGGCCUCAGCCAGCAGUACUUCAGGGGCCAUAGGCUCUUUGUUGGCGAGCGGGGGUGGAGGCAGCAACGGCAGUGGAGGGGGUGGCGGCGGAAACGGCGUCGGGGUUCAGAAUCUGACCCGCCGCAGCACGGUCAGUCUCCUGGACACCUACCAACGAUGUGGGCUUAAACGCAAGAGUGAGGAGCUCGACAACAACAGUAGUGUGCAGAUAGUAGAGGAGCACGGUCCACUGAUGAUCCAGAACGGAGCAGCCAGUGGCGCCACAGUGGCUACCGUGGCCACCGCCGCCUCCACGGCAACGUCUAAGAACAGCGGCUCCAACAAUGAGGGGGACUACCAACUGGUGCAGCAUGAGGUGCUCUGCUCCAUGACCAACACCUAUGAAGUGCUGGAGUUCUUGGGGCGAGGAACUUUUGGGCAGGUGGUUAAGUGCUGGAAGAGGGGCACCAACGAGAUCGUGGCAAUCAAGAUCCUAAAGAACCACCCGUCGUACGCGCGGCAGGGUCAAAUCGAGGUCAGCAUCCUGGCGCGUCUCAGCACGGAGAGCGCCGACGAUUACAACUUUGUGAGGGCGUACGAGUGCUUCCAGCACAAGAACCACACGUGUCUGGUGUUUGAGAUGCUGGAGCAGAACCUGUACGACUUCCUGAAGCAGAACAAGUUCAGCCCACUGCCGCUAAAGUACAUCAGACCCGUGUUACAGCAGGUGGCUACAGCGCUGAUGAAGCUGAAGAGUCUGGGUUUGAUCCAUGCUGACCUGAAGCCGGAGAACAUCAUGCUUGUGGAUCCGUCUCGACAGCCCUACCGGGUUAAGGUCAUUGACUUUGGCUCAGCUAGCCACGUGUCUAAAGCUGUCUGCUCCACGUAUCUUCAGUCCAGAUACUACAGGGCUCCAGAAAUCAUCCUCGGUUUACCAUUCUGCGAGGCAAUAGACAUGUGGUCCCUGGGCUGUGUGAUAGCUGAGCUCUUCCUGGGAUGGCCUCUCUAUCCUGGAGCCUCGGAGUACGAUCAGAUCCGGUACAUCUCUCAGACUCAGGGUCUGCCUGCAGAAUAUCUGUUGAGUGCAGGGACAAAGACCACCAGGUUCUUCAACAGAGACGCAGAGUCCACCUACCCUCUUUGGAGACUUAAGACUCCUGAGGACCACGAGGGAGAAACAGGGAUCAAAUCCAAGGAGGCGCGCAAGUACAUCUUCAACUGCUUGGACGAUAUGGCCCAGGUGAACAUGACGUCAGAUCUGGAGGGGAGCGACUUGCUGGCGGAGAAAGCCGACAGGAGGGAGUUCAUCGACAUGCUAACCAAGAUGCUGACCAUAGACGCGGACAAGAGGAUCACGCCAGUAGAAACGCUUAACCACCCGUUUGUCACCAUGUCGCAUCUCCUCGACUUCCCGCACAGCACACAUGUGAAAUCAUGCUUCCAGAAUAUGGAAAUAUGUAAGCGCCGCGUCAACAUGUACGACACGGUCAACCAGAGCAAGACGCCCUUCAUCGCCCACGUGGCCCCCAGCACCUCCACCAACCUUACCAUGACCUUCAACAACCAGCUCAACACUGUGCACAGCCAGGCUACCAACCUGGCUCCCUCCUCCACCAACAAUGCCACCCUUUCCUUUGCAAGUCCUGAUGUCUCCAUACUAAACUACCAAUCUGCACUCUACCAGCCCUCCGCUGCCUCCAUGGCAGCUGUGGCCCAAAGGAGCAUGCCUCUGCAGACCGGGGCUCCUCAGCUCUGUGCUGCCCGACCCGAUCCCUUCCAGCAGGCGCUCAUCGUCUGUCCUCCUGCCUUCCAAGGACUGCAGGCAUCUCCUUCCAAGCACAACAGUUACUCCAUGCGGAUGGAGAAUGCUGUGCCCAUAGUGACACAGGCUCCGGGCGCCCAGCCUCUGCAGAUCCAACCUGGCCUCCUGACUCAGCAGGCUUGGCCCAGCGGCACCCAGCAGAUCCUGCUGCCCCCAGCCUGGCAGCAGCUCACUCACACCUCGGUCCAGCACGCCGCCGUCAUCCCGGAAUCCAUGAGCAGCACACAGCCUCUCGCCAGCUGGAGGAACUCGCACCCUCAUGGCAGCCAUUACAAUUCCAUCAUGCAGCAGCCAGCCUUGUUGGCGGGCCAUGUCGCGCUCCCAUCCAACCAGACGCUCAAUGUUGGCGUUGCUCAUGUCAUGAGGCAACCCUCCUCCAACAAUAACUCAUCUUCCAAAAAGAACAAACAGCACCAGCAUUCUGGCAGGAACACCUCAGCCUACGAAGUGUCGUCUUCUCAGGCGGUGCUGUCGCCGCAGCGCUCCAAGCGGGUGAAGGAGAACACGCCCCCACGUUGCGCCGUGCUUCAAAGCAGCUCCGCCUCCGUCUGCCCCCCCUCGCUGGGCUGCGGGUGGGGCGGCGCUAUGGAGGCAGAGCAGGCGUCCAGCACGAGGCGUGACAACAUGAACCAACAGCACGUGCCCAGACAGACCAUCAUCAUCCCGGACACGCCCAGCCCCGCCGUCAGCAUCAUCACCAUCAGCAGCGACACCGACGAGGAGGACGACCGUAAACAAAACCAUGGCUCCUUCUCUAAGCAGAGGAAGAAUGUUAUCAGCUGUGUGACCGUCCAUGACUCACCUGACAACGACUGUUCCAUCAACAACAGCCCUUACACUGUGGAGUCCAGAACAACCAACAACAACAACAACAACAGCAGCUACGACACAAAGACCUUCAUACUGGACAAUUACAACAACGGCAACCCGCGCACCAUCAUUGUCCCCCCACUCAAAACCCAGACCAGCGAGGUUGUGAAUGAGUGUGAACGCUUGAUGCCAGAUGCAAUGAAUCAUCAGAAUUCCACAUAUAAGUUCAAAUCCUCCAAUGGAGUGGUCUCUGGCAAUAAUCACGUCCAUGGAGGGGUGACUGCAUCGUACCGACAGCAGCGCUCAGGGCCACACCUCCUUCAACAACAGCCUCUUAAUCUCAGCCAGGCCCAGCAGCACAUGGUAGCCGACCGAAACGGAGGUCACCGCCGCCAGCAGGCCUACAUCACCCCCACCAUCGCUGCUCAGGCCCCAUACUCCUUCCAUCACAACAGCCCCUCCCACGCCGGCAACGUGCACCCGCACCUGGCGGCCACGCACAUCCCCAGCCAGCCGCACCUCUACACCUACACGGCGCCCGCCGCUCUGGGCUCCACGGGCACGGUGGCUCACCUGGUGGCGUCGCAGGGCUCGGCCCGCCACACCGUCCAGCACGGGAGCUACCCGCCGAGCAUCGUUCACCAGGUUCCGGUCAGCAUGAGCCACCGCGUGCUGCCCUCACCCACCCUGCACCACAGCCAGUACCAGGCCCAGUUUGCCCACCAGGCCUACAUCAGCGCCUCGCCUGCCUACACUGGAUACCCAUUGAGCCCCGCCAAGGUGAACCAGUACCCUUACCUCUAGAGAAGACACUGGAUAGGCUCCUCAGCCCCAUCUUCAUCCCCCUCCACCUCACUUCAGAACCCAGACGGAGGACCUCGCAAUCCUCACGAAGCGGUCCCUCACAACUUGGAAGACAAGAGAAAGAAAAAGUCGGACGAGAGGUUGCGUUUCUUUCCAUUGUUUUUCUCUGCAAAGGGCCAGUUUAGAUUAUUUUCGAGGAAAGUCUCACUAGUUUUACAGGGAAGUUUUGGCGAGGGGAUGCAUUUUGGGGGAAAGGGGGGUCUGCUGGAGAGGGGGUCACUGACUGGAAGUUUGGAAUCCCAAGAUAAAUUGGGUGAAGGUGAAAUACGGAAACCUGCUGCUCUUCAAAGAUUUAAAAAAAAAUAUCGAUGGCCUUGAACUGUCUUAAUGUUUCCACACUUGGUGUCGGGAGAAAAGCGGGGCGACUCCCCUCCACUCCAACUCUUUAAGCCAAGGAGGCUUUCUGGAAAUAUAACCAACAAAAGACAAGAAACUUUUGUAAUGUAUUUAUAGAUAUUUUUUGUUUCUCAAUACUUUAGUUUUAGCGAUAGGUGUCUUAGCCCGGCCCCCGUUCAUAGAAUGUAGCAGUCUACACCAACAUCUUUUUCUCCUGAUACCAAUACUUUGACUUGUUCCUAUUUUUACCGUGAUUGCACAACGUGGUUAUAAUAACAUAGGCAUGUACAAUGUGUGUGUGUGUAGUCCACCUCUUUAAGGUUCCGUUCCCUCGUAGUGCCUUACAGACGUAACAACACCCGUUUACUCACAAAUCCACACGACACAAUGGAGACACACGUAGGUCUUGUCCCUGCUUUGACUUCUUUCCAGGUGUAGCAUCUGCUUCUUGCUCGGUUUCAAAGACUCUAGAUGACUUAUGUCUUUUUCAUUGUGGUGUGCAUGAGGUAACUUGCUUGGGUGUACUUACCAAAGUCUUUGAGAAAUCCUUAUGGAGAUGCCGUGAAUGCAAAUGUGAAAUGACGUAGCGUAGCCGUGACAGCCUGUUCUUUAAAAUAAUGUUAUAGUUUGUACAAUACAAAGAUGGCUCCUAAAAUGAACUGAUAAUAGUCAUUUUUGCAUACAGUAGAACCCUGGCUAGUCGCAAAUUAAUAUUUUUGAUGCCACGCAAGCUCGCUCCUUCCCCUCCAAACCCUCCUGCUAAAUUAAUUUAACAUUAUCCUCCCAUCAACAGUUGUUGUACUGGAGUUCGAUCAAACUUUUCGAUGAAUUAUAUUUAUAAACCUCUUUUUUUCUAGAGACUCAAAGCGCUUUUCAUAGUGAAACCCAUUAUCUACAUCUAUAAGCUGUAUUCAACCCGGUGU